AUAAUGAAGGGAGAGGCAAUAAACAUCAAAACAACACAGAAGGCAGUGAACAAGCUGAGGCUAGAUGUAGCCACUGCCCUCCUCCGAGAAACUGACAAUCUCAGCAACCUGUGCCACUACUGUGGGAUGGAGGACAAGGAUGAGCCACUAUGGAUCUGCUGCGACAUCUGUGGGAGAUGGUACCACCACGAGUGCGUGCAGAGGCCUACACUGGAGGAGGACUACUGGUGCCUUGCAUGCACAUAA